UGUUAUAUUAUACAUUUAUUCUAACAGCCGUUUUCAUGACAAAACUCGCACUCUCGUGCAAGCUUUAGUAAUGGGGAAUUUUCAGAGGUUCUUUUGUGACAAUGUUGUGACGGACAAGUCAGAAAGCCAAUCAAAAUCUGAGCUCAGAAUUCAAGCCCGCCCUGCAGUAUCGAUGUAGCCAAUUAUUGCUAGCGUUUAGAAUCAAAGGCGGGAUGAAGCGCAUAACAGGAUAGCUUGCGUUGUAUAUAUCCAGAGGUCGGCAACUAGGAAAAAUAGUUAGCUAAGCUUCUCGACACAGAUGGUGGCAACAGCGAACGGCGAGAUAUUAUAGUGCGAAAUAGUAAUAACGAUAACAGUAUUCAUGAAAUUGCUCACAUAAUUCGUAAUAACGUGUCCCGUUAUUCAUCCUUUAACACAUAAAAGUACAUUUCCCCCCGAGUUUUGGUGUAUUAAAUGGAGGAGAAGAAGGAAGACGGAGACUCGGAGAUACAGGAACACGGACCCGAGCACUGGUUCUCAAAAUGGGAGCGGCAGUGUUUGGCCGAAGCUGAGCAAAGGGAGCCGAGCGAGGAGCAGGCCGACAACGACCAGGAGAAACUGUGGCAUCUGUUUCAGAACUCCGCCACUGCUGUGGCACAGUUAUACAAAGACAGAGUAUGCCAUCAGCAAGGCCUGUCAUUGUGGGUGCCAUUUCAGAACGCUGCUACAGCAGUUACCAACCUCUACAAAGAGAGUGUGGAGGCUCAUCAGAGAAGCUUCGAUCGGGGCAUCCAGAUAGGCCACCAACGCCGUAAUAAGGAUAUGUUGGCCUGGGUGAAAAAGCGCCGGAGAACCAUUCGUAGGGAGGAUCUUAUCAGCUUUCUAUGUGGGAAAACACCACCUCACAGGAGUAGCAGGGCCAACACCAGGCUGACUAUGGUGGCCCCCAGUCGGGCUAAUUCACCAGCUGAGACUGGCUCAUCUGUGGAAGCAGACCUCCAGCCAUUCAGGGAGGCCAUAGCACUGCAUGGUCUGAGUGGAGCCAUGGCGAGUAUCAGUGUGCGCUCCGGUGCACCAGGGUCCCCCACACAUGUGAGCGGCAGCAGCAGUAAUGGAGGUGGUACUGGUGGUGGUGGAUCUUCCGGCUCAGGGCCGGUGUGCCGCAGCAGACGUAAUGGGCUCCAAGACGUCGACCUGAACACUUUCAUCUCAGAGGAGAUGGCACUGCAUCUGGACUCUACAGGCUCCGCCUCUGCUGGAGGGGGAGGAACCAGGAAACGAAACUCCACCCAGUGUAGUGAUGUCAUCACAGACUCCCCUACUCACAAACGCAACAGGAUGAUCUGAUCUGCUGCCUGCUUAUGUGUGUGAGGGGGUUGGGGGGGGAAAGCCUUCAAAGCCAAGGCUAGGAGAGGGGGAUGGAUGGGCUUAUGUGGACAGAUGUGCAGAUGGACAGACUGACGUUCGGAUCCCUGGCCGUGCAAAAGAAUCUGGGCUAAAAAUGAAAACGGGGACUGGAGGCUCUCAGUUCAGUCUAUUCAAAUGUUGGAUGAAUCUAUUCCUUGUCUCCUUUCCCCUCACUAGUACUUCAAAUCACUGAUCUGCAAUCAAAACACUGCGUGCAGGUGUGUGUUCGGUCAAACGGGAGGUCUGGACGACACCCACACACCCCCUCAGACGUCGCUGUCGCUGGAAAGGAGACAACGAAGGAAGUCACCAACUCAUUGUGGGAUGCAGACAGUUCUCAAAGGGGUGAAAAUGCACUGUGCUGCUUUAAAAGUAAAAGCCACUUGAUCCUUGACACAUUUGUGCCCUUCUUCCCUCCCUUAAACUCACUCAUCCUCACCCACCACCUUAAUAAGGAAGUGAGGGCCAUGAUCAAAUCGUCUCACUCAGUGAAUGGAGUUGCUCGCCAAAAUGUUGGACCCAGCUCCUGUCAGAGACUCACCUCUGCAUCAAACAACCCACCUGUUCUUUCUGUUACUUCAUCAUUGCAGCUCUCAGUUGGCGUUGCCUGUCAGUGGUGGAGCUAAAUCGCCCAGUAGGAGUACAUCUGUGGCAUCAUCCUGCCUCAUCUGUCGCUUGUAACCAGUCACAUUACUCUGGCUACUAGAUUGACGGCAUGUAACUACCAAUAGCAGGCUAUUGAUGUUGGACAUUUAGACCUUAUUCUCUGCUAACUACUCUGCUUCAACAGUGACUUUAUUUAGUUCAGCCUGUUGCCCGGUUUUUGUUUUUAGUUCUUCAACCACCAGUGUUAAAAUUCUAGGUUUGUCGCCACUGUUUGCAGCAGUGAUAGCCAAAUUAAUUUUGUGUUCUUUCUCCACCUUUUUUUUUUUUUUUGUUGUUGUUUGUAUUUGUUGAGGAUAAUGGAAAGGAAAUGUUUUUUUUUCAUUUGUGUAUACAGCUUCUCAGACAGCCCGUUUGCUGACUGCGACGCCCUCUCCCCCUUGCCCUAGUCUUAUUACUAAAGCAGCUGCUGUUUUAUGUGAUCGUGUGAUUAUUCUGAUGAGUUGCAAUAAGGAUUUUUGCACUUAGCUUUCACCUCUAACUCAUGCAAACAAAUCGGCUCUUCCAUUGUAUCCCAGUUGUAGCCUUGUCCAGCCCUAAACAGGCCUGCUUUUGGCACGAUCACAAAUCACAUACUGGUUGGUGCUUAGAAAAAGUAAACACUUGGUAUGACUAGAAAUGGAGCUCUUGUGCGCACCCCCCCUACCUAGUUCCAACAACCCUUCAAAAGUGUUCGAUCACAGUAAGGGGUGUUUGCGCGCAUGGGCUUUAUUUGUAUUCAUCCAGCUGUGUUCAGAAUAUCCUUCCCUGUAUGACAAAUGGUAAUGAUUUAACUUAUUGGAAGAUAAUUGGUGCUGUUUGGAAAAAGCAUAAAUCACAGAAAUGCUCUCAAGAGUUUCUCAACAGACCCACCGAACAUGCCAGCCAGCGCAUACAAGUCACAGGGGAUAAUUUGGCUGGAGAGUGUCGGAUUGGGUCUUGGGACACGGUCUGCUUUUUCUCAAAGGGGUGUGUGCAUUAAAAAAGGAGAUGUGGAUGGGUUUGAUUUUACUUGGUACAGGAUGAUGCAACUUGAGGCUUGUUUCAUUCUUGAAAUGGUUGCUGCCUUCCAUCCUUCUGUAAGGGAGUAGAGUAGGAGACACUGAUAUCACAUGAGUCAGAAAUUUGGGUAUAUUUAGCGAUUGUAAAGUAAUGUGAACUGGUAUUGUACUGAUGUUUGGCUUAUUUUAGGGUAUUAACAAAAGGUUGAGUUAAAUCUAAGGUCAUGUUUGUGGGCACAACAAACUCAUUCGUUCAAUGGAAUAUGCUUUUGUUUAGCAUAGGAAGCUAACAAAGUGUAAGUGAUAUAAAGAUCUUUAGUUGUCUAAUUGGUAAAUGCAAUCUAAAUAUUUCCAGUGAUGGCCUGCCGUAGUGGUGGUAAAGUAAAUUGUCAGUGAGGCGUAUAACCCUCAGCUUACUUUCUGUAUUGCCCUCAGUAGCUGACUUGUGGAGAUGUCAAUGUUUCCUUCUCUUUUCCUUCAUUUUUUGUUGACUUGUUCACUCCCUCUCACCUUUUUAUGACCUGGAACGUUGGGUUUUUCUUUAGUUGUUUAAAGCAUGCCAGUUUUUAACUUCUGUUACAUUUUGGUCACAGAUUUCAUUUUUGCAUAUAGGUUGGCUUUUUAUAUUCAUACACGAUUGCUGGCUUGUCAGUGAAAGAAAUGAACCAUGUCAAAAUGAAGAGUUUUGCAUUUAGGAGUUUGUUCUUGCAUACAAGUGAAACCACUGAAUUAGACUGAUUAAAAAAAAAAAGUAAAACUUCAUAUUAGGAAAAUUGAGAUUUGAUUUGCCUACAGAGAGCCUCUGACUGCGAAAGAGGGUGCACAAGUAAUCAUUGGUGAGGCCUUUUGGGUUUAAAAAUGUACAUUUCGCCAAAAAAAAAAAAAAAGAAAAGUGAACAAUGUCUUGUGAAUUCUGGGUAGCCUCAGCUAUCACAGGUCUGAAUAAUGUAUCAUAGGAAGGAUCCAUUUUUCUAGAAUAGGAACUUAGGCCCUAAAAGUCACAUUUAGCCUCUGGGACUCAACCUUGCAGAGUGUUCAUGAGAAUACGGUGCGGGGGACUGACAGAGGAUCGGAGAUGGAGUGAAUCUUGAAGGCUCACACACUCCUCAUUAAAUCACAGGAAUGCAUUUUGAAUAUUUUUUUAUUUUUCUUCCUCCAGACACUUAACUCACCGUUUUGUGUGUUAACACUCCACAUCGGCAUUGGUAGCACUCUUGACUGAAACCAAAUGGCGCAUUUAGCUACAAAUGAGUAGUCGUAACCUCCCUGAGUUUCUGUUGCAUGACAACAUGUUAAAGGGAAGAUUACGUGAAGUGUCUGCUGACAGGAAAAAUAAACUAAAAAUUCUAACAAGGAGUUUUCCUAAAGGCUGAAGAGUUUUCUAUGUGCUGUCUAUCCAGUCCCACUGUUGCGAGCUGCAGCAUUGACCCCCGCUGACUUGCCUGGUUAUACUAGAGGGUCACUUUGUGUUUUUCUUUUCUUCCCCCCGAGCCAGUCACCGGCCUUCAUCCACAUGUUUCAAAAGGCUGACUCAUGCCACGUGUCUCUGGAGCCAACACUAUUAUCAGCUGUUUCUUGAUACUUAUUUGUUUAAAAAGUAAUAAAUGGCUAAUCUAUAUACUUAACAUUUAAUUGUUGGUAUGAUAUAUGUGGUUCACAUUGUAAAAGAAAUAAAACCAUUGAGUUGCAAUUGGAUGGACUAUGUUUCAUUAAAAAUGGAAAAUGUCAA